CACUUUAUGGCAAUUCAGAUGAGCUAAGCUUGGCUUUAGGGAUUUUUUUUUAUUGAUUGCCCAAGUAUCCUUGUAAAAAAGCACAGACCAUGGCAAUGAUGUAGUGCCUGUGAAUGGUUGCAGACUUACAAUCUCCAAACUAGAAUUCUCCAAUCUUUUAGUUAAUUUUUUAGACUGAUGUUAUGGUUAUUGAACAGACUGGGACACUAGAUUUAGCUCAUCACGAUGAGCGAAUGUUGGGACUCCAUUUACUUCAAUUUCCUGAGGUUGUUGAAGAAGCUUGUACGAAUCUUCUACCAAAUUUAUUGUGCGAGUAUCUCUAUAACUUAUCCGAGGAUUUCACAAGAUUCUACACAAACUGUCAGGUGGUUGGCUCGACCCAGGAAACAAGUAGGCUCUUGCUUUGUGAAGCAACCACAGUUGUGAUGAGGAAGUGCUUCCACUUAUUGGGUAUCAACCCAGUUUAUAAAAUCUGAUGGCCUAUUUAUA